AUGGAUAUAUGUGGAAAUGUUUUGGUUUCAAAAGACAUACUCAACUUUGCGCUCAAAUGUCUAUAUUGUGAAACAGAUAUAGAAGAAUGGGACGCCUUUGUUAAUCAUAUACGGAGUUUGCACAAUACAAACUAUGAAGAGCCUUGUAUAGACCCACUAGUGGAAUUGGAUUAUAAGGAAAACAUCGUAGUUGGGUUGAUAAAAGAUGAAACUAUGACUCAAAUUGACACAACUGAAUUUAUGUCUAAUGACUCUGAUGUGAAAAUGGAAUUUCUGUCAGAUAGAGAAUCGGUUAAAUCCGAGCAUGCCGACUCUACCGCCUCGGAUGUAGAACAAAGUCAAGAUAAUGAUGCGAAUUAUGUUGACACUGAUACAGAUUCCUCUGAUGAAGAUGGCAAAAAAGAUAUGUCGAGGAACAAAAAAUUUAAUCCAACAUUUUAUAGGCGCAACGCUAGCACAACUAUUUUCAUUGAACUUUAUAAAAAAGCUCCAUGCUUAUGGGAUCCCAGUGAUGAUCAGUAUAACAAUAGUGUAGCACGGGAAAAUUGUCAAAAAGAAAUAAUUGAAGAAAUGAAAAAACGCUGUCAAGUUAUAUUAACUGAUCAAACAGUGAAAAGCUGCUUCCGCAAAUUGCAUAUGCAAUACCAGGCAACACAUCAAGCAAAACAAAAAAAGACAAAGUCGAAGACAAAGAAAUUACCAGGUGUUGUGAUGGACUAUUUUCAAAAAUGUUCUUUUUUGUCUGUGGCGAAAGACGAUCUUGCCAAAGAAGUAGAGGAGACACCCAUCACAAAUACCAAUUUAAGCUUUGCAAAACUAAAUCCUGUAACUGAGACUUUCAUUGAAACAUACGCUCUUUUCCCAGUGUUAUAUAAUACUAAGCAUGAAGAUUAUAAUAACUCCGGUGUCCGUAAACAAACAUACAAGGAAAUGUCAAAUAUUAUUAAAUCUAAACAAAACAUAGAAUUCAGUGAUGACGAAAUUUAUAAAGGGAUCUACUACUUACGCCAUUGGUAUUACAAACUAAAAAAUCGCCUUGAGAAAGAUUUAGCAGAAAAAGAUUUAUCAAGUGCAGCACAAAUUUAUAUGAAAAAAUGUGUUUUUCUACCAAAUAGAGCGCCAAAUUUGAAAUUGAAAUGUACGGAAUGUAAUAAAGUUUUCCAAAAUGAGACGACGCGACAAAGUCAUCUCUUUAGGGAGCACAAUAUCGGUGAUUGGCCACACAAAUGCACGGAAUGUGGACGUACCUUUGAAUUCAAGGCAACAUUACUAAUGCACGAGCAACGUAGUCAUGUUGGAAAGGUGCAUAAAUGUGAUUACUGUGAAAGACGUUUUGCCGUACAAGUGGAUUUGCAGCGACACAUAGGUACGCAUACUGGUCAAAAACCCUUUGUAUGCGAAUUAUGCGGAAAAGCCUUUCGCAGUAAGACACAAUUGGGUUAUCACUCAGAUGCCAUACAUACGAAAACAAGAGCUUACAAAUGUACAAUGUGCCCGAAAGAUUUCUUGAAAGCACGUGAUUUGAAAGACCACAUAAAGGCUCAUCUUAAUAUACGCGACAAAAUAUGUGAAACAUGUGGCAAAGGAUUUACCAAUUGCCAUUCACUCAUCCGACAUAGACAAAUACAUUCCGAAAUUAAAAAAUUCGCUUGUAAAUUAUGUGAAGCGAAAUUUCAUCAAUUUGUUGGAUUAAACUCGCAUAUGAAAAGGACGCAUGGCAUAGUUAAAAGUCAACAAAAGUCCUAAAAUGAACAGACCAGAAUUUGAUUUUAACAUGGAAGGAUGCGAAACAAAGUUAAGCCAAGAUUUUUCAAGUGAAUUUAAUAGUAUGGAUGUGACCAACUAUUAACGAACGAUAAUUAAAAAUUACCAAGCAAUUCAAACAUUAAUAUUGUACCGAAAUUCAGUUCUUUUUUGUUUAAGAAUGAUAGCUUGUUCAGUUUUGGGGAGUUACUAUUAAUUGAGACUCGCAAGAAACUAAAUAUGGAUUAGCAAUAUUUUUCAUAUUAUUAUACAUUUUAAAUAAGUACAUAUGUAUAAUACAUUAAUAUUUUAAAUAUGACU